CUUAUACUUCUUUAAGUAACAGAUCAUUGUUGAAAAAUAAUGACAAGUCAGAUGUUCAUGAUGAUAUUCGUUUAUUUAAAGUGAAGAAGGUAUAAUUCUACACGAUUAUUUCACAACCUACUGAGAACUGCAAACUAUUUAUAUAUCCGCGACGUACUAAUAGUUGCUGUAAUAAUGUCAGUGGUUCAAAUUUAAGAUAAUUCAAAAAUGAGAAGAUCAGAUUUUAAACAUUUUACAAUUGGCAUCAUCGCAUUUUUGGUUGUAUACUUAAUAUUGAGACAUUACGUGUUCGACGAUAAAACGCACCGAUCAGCGCAUACAUACAGAAAGCGUCCACUACACAAUGACAGCAAUAUAGCGUUAGUACUAGAAGCAGCAUUACAGAUACAGACAGAAGAACUACCUGUCCUGAUAACACUUGUCAAUGAUGGAUACGUUAACUUAGUCAAAAGCUGGAUAUGCAAUACGAAACACAUGGGAUUUCAUAAGCAGGUUAUAAUGAUUGUGACAAGUCCUCAAGGAACUGAUGAGAUAAAGAAACUAUCACCAGAUGUCACUGUUGUUGCUUUGGAUGUGGAUCAAUCUAUGAAUGGACACCAAGAAUAUAGCCAUGUUGGUUAUCUCAAAAUCAUGGUACUCAGAACUCAGAUACAACUCGCCUUACUUCAGAAUGAUAUUGAAGUAUAUUCUUUUGAAUGUGACUCCGUAUUUUUGGCAAACCCGUUGCCUAGACUCAGAGCGCAUUCUGGUGAGCAUGAUAUUGUGUUUAUCAGUAACUACCAGCGACCAAAGGCAAUCAAUGGUGGAUUCCUGUACCUUUUCCCAACCCCGGCAACAAAGGCAACAUUUGAACAACUGAACAGAAUGAUGCUUAAACUAUUUUCAAAAAUUAGGAAUCAACCAUCAGAUAAAUUUGUACCAACCUUUGAAAAUGACCAGGUUUAUCUGUCGAAUCUAGUUCUGGAGAAAUAUGCAGGUCUUAAAUCUACGAUUUUACCGUUUUCAAUAUUUCCAGACGGGAAAUGGUACGACAUUUCUGAGGAGGAAAGAAAACUGACUUUUCCAUAUUUAAUACAUAAUAACUGGAUAAAGGGUAAUACAGCGAAGGAAGGAAGGGCUAAAAAGUGGAGACAUUGGUUUUUAAAAGAUGAUGGUUCGUGUGAUUUCAAUUUGGCAAAGGAAGUUACUAAAAAAAUAAUUUACUAGAUUUUAUCAUUUUUUUCAUAAACGCCAUUCAAGACAUCAUGUGUAUUACGAUUUUUCAGUAUGUUUACAAGAAUGUAAAUAAAAGAUUUCUAACUAA